CAUUUCAGGGUGAGAACUACAGAGAGAAAAGAGAAAGGAAGGAUUUUGAGUACAUACCCAGAUGGAUUUCAGUUCCUUUUUGACGUCCCUAGGGACGUCCUUCGUCCUUUUUGUCAUUUUUAUGCUGCUUUACGCCUGGCUUUCGCAGAGGCCAGGGAACGCUGUUGUGUACUACCCAAAUUGGAUUCUAAGAGGUAAGGAUCCAGCUGACAGCAGGUCCUCCACUCGCAAUCCGUUUGCGUGGAUUCGGGAAGUGUUGUCUUCAAGGGAGAAGGACGUGAUUGACGUGUCUGGAGUUGACACUGCGGUGUACUUUGUGUUCUUGACCACAGAUGCACUCAGGUGCCCUCCUUUUUGUCCUUAAUAUAUUUGUAUAUUUUAUUGAUCAAAAUAAUAAUAAUAAUAAUAAUAAUAAUAAUAA